AUGCUCAUGACUGAGAUAUUCGAAGAAACAUUUCAGCAUCUGGGCACAUGCAUGUCUUCUGAAGGCAUCGAGCUUCUCAAAUGUGAGCCAAACUGCAAGAUUUGGUUCGAAGACGAAGGAUGCUUUGCAACUUCUACAGACAUCGCGCACAUGAAGCUUGAAAUCGAGGACGUUGAAGGACCAAGCGGGUUUGAGCGUUUUGUUGCAUUUCUUGAAGAGUGUCAGAGACAUUAUGAGCAGAGUUUGAUCCAUGUGUUGAAAAAAGACUUCCCUAGUUUCCUUUCACUUCUCAGGCCCGCCUUUUUACCUUACUUGUUUCAACUCCAUCCCUUUCAGAAUGUUUGGCAACGGGCUUCCGUCUUUUUCACAUCCCACAAAGUCCGCCAAGUCUUCAGCAUUGGGAGUAUGUACCUUGGCAUGUCACCCUUUGAGAUCCCAGGAACUUACACGCUUCUCCAAUAUGCUGAGCUGGCAGGUGGAGUUUGGUACCCUCGGGGUGGCUUUCAUAAGGUGGUUGAAAAAUUGGUUCUCAUUGGUAAAAGGCUUGGCGUUGAAUAUCAUCUUUCACAUCCAGUGAAGGCAGUGACCGUAUCUCGUGGAAAGGCUUUGGGUGUCUCUGUGGACUUCGACAAACUUUUGAAGGCAGAUGCUGUUGUCAUAAACGCCGAUUUGACUUACGCCUACAAAUCGCUCCUUCCAUCGGAUUCAUCAAGCUGGGCUACAUUUAAGAAGGGCAAUAAGGUCUCCUGCAGCAGCAUAUCCUUUUACUGGUCACUUUCGACGACCAUACCCCAACUGGAGACCCAUAACAUGUUCGUGGAAAGUUCAUUUGGACAGCAAUCCACGCAAAUUUACUUGAAACGCCAAGGGUCGAUGAAAGCUUCUUUUUAUGUCCAUGUUCCCUCAAGAAUAGACCCAUCAGCUGCACCAGCAGGAAAAGAUGCGCUAGUUGUCCUCGUUUUGGUCGACAAUCUCGCAGGGUUAGAAUCAUGCGGUGAAGUGAUUAACGAUACGAAUCUGGUCUCUUAUGUCCGUGACCAUGUGAUUUCCUCUAUUCAGCAGCGAACGGGGGCCAUCGGUGUCAAGAAGCUCAUCGACCAUGAGAUUGUUAACACACCAUUGACAUGGCAAGGGGAAUUCAACUCAGACAAAGGCGGAAUAUUUGGCAUUGACCACAGUUUUUUCAAUAUACUGUCUUUCCGACCAAAGAUCAAACACGAAAGUGUUGAAGGUGUAUAUUUCGUUGGUGCCAGCACACAUCCCGGAGCUGGGGUUCCCACUUGUCUUGCGGGUGCAAGACUCACUGCGGAGAGAGUAUUGAAAGACCUUGAUGUUCCUAUUCCCUGGGAAAUUCCCACCCCCAAACGCAACUAUGCUUGGUCGCGAUUUUUCACGCCAAUAUCCAAUCAUUCUUCAUGGAAAUGGGUCCUAUUUGUUUUUUUCAUCGGGAUAGCGUUGGCAGGCUUUUUUUGGAAAUUAUAA